GUUGACGUUGACACAACAAACAUAACACUGACAACCAAAUCAAACUACAAACAAAAUCCUUGAGCAAAAUAAAUCCUAUCCUGUGAUCCCAUCUUGCUUGCUUCACGAGAAAAGAGUGUUUGAAUAGCGAAAGUCAGAUGAAUUUCAGUUUGUGUUAAAAGUUGUGUUGUGAUGGUUAGGUGUUCGAUACCAUACAAUCGUACAUAUUGUUAUCACGCAUGUUUCCCUUGGGGGUAGGCAGAGAUUAAAUUGAUCGAUUUUGUUUACUUACGAUAAACAUCUGGGAAAAUGAAUGGCUUUAUUGCCGUUCAUUGUGGCGCAGGGUACCAUAGUGAUUCUUUGAAGAAAGAGUAUCAAAAGACAUGUUACCUAGCAUGCCGUAAGGCCUCUGAAGCUUUGAAAACUGGAGGAAAUGCCAUAGAUGCUGUUGAAAAAGCUAUAAUAGAAUUGGAGAACAGCCCAUUAACCAAUGCUGGCUAUGGAUCAAAUUUGAGCUGGAAUGGAUUAGUGGAAUGCGAUGCUUCACUAAUGAAUGGUCAAACUUUGCAUUUUGGUGCCUGUGGAGCAGUCUCUAAUGUUUGGAAUCCAAUUACUUUAGCUAAACACCUGUGUAAAAAACAAUGUGAUAAUUUAUCUCUUGGCCGUGUGCCACCAUGCAUUCUUACAGGAAAUGGGGCCAAAUCCUGGGCAGAAAGAAUGGGUUUGGAAAUUGUUGAUGAUAGAAAAAUGAUCACAGCUCGUUCAUUUCGUAAUUACAAACAUUGCAAGAGGAAGUUAAAGAGAUAUUCCUUACAGAAUGAUAUAAAGUUUAGUCCCUUGGAUACCGUUGGAGCUAUUUGUGUAGAUUCAAAUGGUGUUGUAGCUUCAGGAGCCAGUUCAGGUGGUGUGUCUUUGAAGCAUGAGGGAAGAGUUGGCCAGGCAGCCUCUUUUGGAAGUGGUGUAUGGGCAGUGAUGAGUAGAGAUGGAACAAAGCCAUCGGUAGCUGCUUGUACCUCAGGCUGUGGUGAACAUUUGAUUCGGACAGAACUGGCAAAGAAUGCUGCAGAAAGCUUACUAUCAUCCUCUCCUACAUUGGGACUUGACAAAUGUUUUAAAGAUAAUUUUAUUGAGUCUCCAUUCUUAUGGGAUGUCCCAGAGCGUCUAGGUGGUGCAUUAGCUUUGAAAUUUGAUUCAGAAACAGGAGAGGGAGAAUUAUUAUGGGGACACACAACACAGACUAUGUGUAUUGGGUAUAUGUCAACAGAGAGUGCUAAACCCAAGUGUAUUAUUUCACACCUGCCCCCUAAAGUGGAGCCAGGACGGAAGGCAGUGGUGUCUGGACAAUCAUUCACAAUUCCCAUUCAACCAUGCCCAGUUGUGACAUGGGAAAUUAAGACUGAAACAAACUGCAAUGGAUCUCUUUGAUUAAGUUUAGUAACUACUAAUUUACUAAAUUGUUUAGAUUAAAAUCAGCCAAGUAUUAACUUUUCAAAAUGUUAUAACUUCAUUAUAUCAAUGCACAUUGUAUAAAACAAUUUGAUUACAAAGUAGAUAAGGAUAUGCUGCUGACAGACUGAGCAAGAGGUUUGAUCAGUGUUUUGAAUCCAGUAAGUGUAGGCUUCUAAGAGUGUGUAGUAUUUUAAAAUAAAUUUCAUGAUAAAUAACGUCAGCCAUAAGAGGUUCGAAGGCUUAAUUUUGUGACGUCAAAUUAGAUAUUAAUCUUUAGAUAUGUAUAUUACUAGACACAUGUUUUUGAAUAUUUUCUAGAUUAAACUAUGAAUUUCAUAAUGUGUUACACUAGGGAAUUGAGUAUGUGGAAUUUAAUUUGACCAGACUUCAAUAAAAAAAGGAAGAGGUUCUAUGUUUAAAGGUAUAUUUCUUUUUUUGUACACAAUUAAAUUGACCUUAUCUGAAAAUUCUGAAGUACACUUGAAUUCAGAUAGCUUAGAUGGAUUUUAAAUAUAUUCAUUGAUUGAUUGAUGGUCUUCCUUUGGCAGACAGAAGAAAAUAAAUCUUUUGAAGUUAGAAUUCUCUGCGUCUGAAUAGUAUAGGACUAAUAUGGUCGAAUUGUAAUUCGUAUCUAGGUACGUCCAAAGGAUUUCUGACUGAAAUGAAGAGAGAAAGACAAAUGAUCAAUUUUUGUUUUUCUUGUGUGAAAUGCGAAAAAUAAAACAAUUUGAUCUUA